AUGUCCACCCAACAACUAGAAUACACUCCUCUAGAUGAGAUUGAUAGGAAGAUUCAACGUUCAGUUGAUUACUACCACAAUAGACAGAGAAAUUUAGCUCAAGUCAGAAAUCCUUCCAAACACGACCUUCAAUUUAGAGAACUGCAGUUGAAGAAGCUUUACUAUGCUGUCAAGGAUAAUGAACAGGAAAUUGUCAAAGCUCUACAGGCAGAUUUCCAUCGUUCUCCAUUAGAAACUAUUGGUUUGGAAUACUGUAAAUUGGUUGGUGAUAUUCUAAACAUGUUAAAAGGUUUGAAAAAAUGGGUGAAACCUGAAAAGGUUGCUGAUAAUAGCCCACCUUUUAUGUUUGGUAAGAUUGUCAUUGAAAAAGCGUCCUUAGGUAGUGUUUUGGUCAUUUCUCCAUUUAAUUUCCCAGUCAUGCUAGGUUUAACACCAGUAGCUGGCGCAAUUGCUGGUGGUAAUUCAGUUAUCUUGAAACCAAGUGAAUUAACACCUUGUUCUGCUAGGAUAUGUGAAAAAAUUAUCAGAGAGGCUAAUUUGGAUGAAAAUUUAGUUCAAAUUGUCCAAGGUGCUGUUCCAGAGACAACUAGAUUAUUAGAAUGUGGGAAAUUCUCAAAAAUAUUUUACACCGGCUCACCAGCUGUUGGUUCAAUUGUAGCUGAAAAGGCGGCAAAAAGUUUAACUCCUUGUGUAUUAGAAUUAGGUGGUAAAUCACCAGUUUAUAUCACUGAAAAUUUUAGUAAUAUGAAGAUUGAAACUGCUUUGAAAAGAAUUUACUUCGGCAAAUUCGGUAAUGCUGGUCAAAUUUGUGUGGCACCUGAUUAUAUGUUGGUCCAUGAAUCUAAAUAUGAAGUUGUACUACAAGUUGCCAAAAAAUUAUUGGAAGAAUUUUGGCCAGGCUUUAAUCAAAAUACAGAUUAUACCCAUAUGGUUAACUUUAAAGCUUAUUCCAACACCGUUCAAAAAUUAAAGACUACAAAGGGUCAAGUUUAUACUCCAAACUUUGCCGAACCAGAUGAAAUUUCCUUGUGUAUUCCACCAUCUGUUAUCUCAAAUGUCGAUUGGGCUGAUCCAUUGAUGAUGGAAGAAAAUUUUGGUCCAGUUUUACCAUUAAUCAAAUAUUCAAAUUUAGAUGAUGCUUUGGAUAAUGUAAUUAAGUACCAUGAUACACCACUCGUCCAAUACAUCUUCUCUGACAGUAAAGCUGAUAUUGAUCAUAUCUUAACUCGUGUAAGGUCAGGUGAUUGUUUGAUCGGUGACACUAUGAUGCAUGUAGGUAUUAAUAAUGCACCAUUUGGAGGUAUUGGUAACUCUGGCUACGGUAGCUACGGUGGUGUUUUCAGUUUUAAAGCAUUUACACAUGAAAGAAUCGUUUUCAAGCAACCAUUCUGGAUGGAUUUCCUUUUGACCAUGAGAUAUCCGCCAUUCACUGAAUCGAAGUUAAAGCUUAUGAAGUUGGCAAGUGAACCUCAACCUUGGUUUAAUAGAGAUGGUACAGAUAAAUUGUCCUACAAGAAGGUUCUUGCUAUCUCCUCCAUGAUAGUUCUAACGGCUUAUAUUGUCAAUGGUUUACAAUAG